AUGGUGUCCAAGAAGGGUAUUCGGGUAGAUCCAUCCGUGAUCGAGACAGUUCGAGACCUUGUUGACCUGGCUCCUAUUUUGACUUUACCCGAGAAAGGUGUGGACUUCACUAUUUAUCGUGAUGCUUCUGGAGUCAGGUUAGGUGGUGUUCUGAUGUACAAGGGUAAAGUGAUCGCCUAUGUUUCUAGUCAACUGAAGUCCCGUGAGAAGAACUGUCCUACCCAUGAUUUAGAAGUUGUUGCUGUAAGUCUUCAAAACAUCUUCAGUCAGAGGGAUCUGAACUUGAGGCAACACAGAUUGCUUGAACUAUUGAAGUUCUACGACAUCACUAUCCUGUAUCAUCCAGAGAAGGCUAAUGUGGUGGCAGAUUCUUUGAGUAUGAAAACUGCUUGCAUCAUGAGUCUUGUCGAUAAUAUUGUAGAGAAGAGACCAUUGGCUAGAGAUCUCAUUCAAGAUAAGGUGAUGAGAGGGGAAACCAAGGAGAAUAUCCUUGAUUCUGAGGCUAUCUUGAAGAUUGAAGGUAGGAUAUGUGUGUCAAAGGUUGACCAAUUCCAACUAUUUCAUACUGGUUCAAGUGAAGUAUACAAUGGAGAGAGGAGGCCGGUGAAAGGAAGAAAUGGUGAAAUUUUUGGAGAUUUUCUCGGCCAAGGGGUGGUGGCCGCCGAUGGCAGUGGCGGCGGUGGCCGGCUAGCACUUGCUCUGUGCGUUAUCUCUGAGAUUGAUCGUGAUGCUCUCUUGGCGGCUUGUGGAUCAUUCUUAGGGUCCUUGAUCUUUGGUACUACCAAUUAUCAUGGUGCGACUAAUGCCCCAAAGAAUGAAGUUCCCUUUUGA